CCCUCCUCGUAGUCACUGUAUUAGAUUUUUUUUUCUUCAUCUCCUUGCGAAUCCUCCCUCCCUAGGUUUGGUUAAAUGAUUAAAAUUGCAAUCAUUUAAAACGCGUAAACCUCCUCAAAACGAAACCUUUCAAAUAAAAGCCUUUAGUCAAGAUCCCAAAAAUGCCUGACGUUAAACGCAAACGCGGCCGCAAACCCAAAAUCCCUGCUCCACAGGAAACCCUAGAUGUUCCCUUCACCACAACCUCCUCCGCCGCCGCAAUAGACGACGUGUUCUCCGUCUCCAAUGUCGACAUAAUUCCCACAACUAAUCCUUCUACCAUCGCCACCGCGACUUCGACCACCACCAACCACCAGCAGCAUCCCGAUCAUCGUCCUCGCCGAGGCCGUCCCAAGAAAGUUCCGAAACAUGAAACACUGGAGGAUAAACCGCCUCCGCUUCUACGCAGUUCCGGCGUGGGGGUUUCUCGGCCGUUGGAAAAUGGUGGGGAUUCUGUUGGAGGGGGGCCGGCCGUGGCCAGAGUUGUACCGGCUAUGGACGCUGUUGUGAAGGUGUUUUGUGUUCAUACGGAGCCAAAUUUUUCGUUGCCGUGGCAGAGGAAACGACAGUACAGUUCGAGUAGUAGUGGGUUUGUGAUUAGUGGUAGGAGGGUGUUGACAAAUGCACAUUCUGUGGAGCAUUACACGCAGGUUAAGCUCAAGAAAAGAGGCUCCGACACUAAGUUCUUGGCUACUGUGCUUGCUAUCGGGACCGAGUGCGAUAUUGCCAUGCUUACAGUCAAUGAUGAUGAAUUCUGGGAAGGAGUAUCACCAGUGGAGUUUGGAGAAUUGCCUGCCCUUCAAGAUGCUGUGACUGUUGUGGGUUAUCCAAUUGGGGGAGAUACUAUUUCUGUGACGAGUGGUGUUGUAUCACGUAUAGAGAUUCUAUCCUAUGUUCAUGGGUCUACUGAGCUCUUGGGUCUACAGAUAGAUGCUGCUAUAAAUUCUGGAAAUUCUGGUGGGCCUGCCUUUAAUGAUAAGGGCAAUUGUGUAGGCAUUGCAUUUCAGUCUCUUAAGCAUGAGGAUGUGGAAAAUAUAGGUUAUGUCAUACCAACACCAGUUAUCAUGCAUUUCAUCCAGGAUUAUGAGAAGAAUGCAGCAUAUACAGGAUUCCCUGUUCUUGGAGUUGAGUGGCAGAAAAUGGAAAAUCCUGAUUUGCGUAUGGCAAUGGGUAUGAAGCCUGAGCAGAAAGGUGUCCGUAUUCGAAGGAUUGAUCCUACUGCUCCAGAAUAUGAGGUUUUGAAGCCAUCUGAUAUCAUUCUAAGCUUUGAUGGGGUUGAUAUUGCCAAUGAUGGAACUGUCCCUUUUCGGCAUGGAGAGCGCAUUGGCUUUAGUUGUCUUGUCUCCCAAAAGUAUACUGGGGAUAGUGCUGCAGUCCAAGUUCUCCGUGCUUCCAAGAUUCUCAAUUUCAACAUGAAACUUGCCACACGUAGAAAGCUUGUUCCAUCUCACAACAAAGGGAAGCCUCCAUCAUAUUACAUUAUUGCAGGGCUUGUUUUUUCGACAGUGUCUGUUCCAUAUCUUCGCUCUGAGUUUGGAAAAGAUUAUGGAUAUGAAGCCCCAGUCAAGCUUUUGGACAAACUCUUAUAUUCACUGCCACAGUCACCGGAUGAGCAGCUUGUUGUGGUUUCUCAGGUGCUUGUAGCUGAUAUUAAUAUUGGAUAUGAGGACAUUGUUAAUACUCAGGUUCAUUCUUUUAAUGGUAAGCCUGUGAAGAAUUUGAAGUGUUUGGCAAACAUGGUAGAGAAUUGUGAUGAUGAAUUUUUGAAAUUCGAUCUAGAAUAUAAUCAGAUGGUGGUCCUCCAGACAAAGACUGCAAAAGCAGCGACCCCAGAUAUUCUUAUAACCCAUUGCAUACCUUCAGCAAUGUCUGAUGAUCUCAAGAAAUGAAUUUUGAUCAUAUUCUAGGUUCACCAAAUUUGGCAAUUUUCAUAGUUGUCAAAACUCACUGCAAUUUUUGUUUUCUGCAUGUUCUUUAAAGAAAUAGUAACUCAUGCAGGGUGGAGUUGCUAGCCAUAUAUCAGAAAUUUCUUAGAUGUGUUUUAUGGAGUCUUGGGGGGUCUCAGACAAUACAAGGGUGAGGGUACAGCUCCCAGAUAAUGGAUAGCUUUUGCUCACCAUUAAUGGAGAAAACAUGCAGGUUGUAAAAUUUGAGCGGACAGCAACUUUUGUCUUGUUCAUUCAUAUAUAAAAAUUUGGAGAUAUCUCAGCCAUUUGUAAUAUUGAGAGAUUAUAUAAUGUUUGUUUGUAAAAAUGAAUGCAACCAAAAAGUGUCAGAACCAGUCAUGUCUCAGUGUGAUUGUUUUUAACCAACCACACGGGAAAGAAUAUAGCAUGUUUCAACUUUUGAA